CAAUUUUCAACUUGGUCUAAUGCUUACCGUACUCUCUUUAUUCAAGCUAACUUACCACUUUCUUCAAGUCUUGUUGAUGUCAGGUAGACAACACUUGUGCCACCUUUCUCAAAGAUGUUACCUUCCCCCAAGGGAUCAGAGCAAUGGAACCUUUGGGAAGGAGAUUGACAUGCAACCAGUUUUGUUGGCUAUUUCCACACUUAGUUUUCUCCAAUCGAUUUUCCUCCUGGUUAUGGCUCGUGCAGUAUGCCAUUUAGCUGGUGACAUCCAAGGAACAAUCACAUUUUUACAAGAGCAACCUGGUGGGCCGUGUGUAAUCAAGGGAAUGCUACAGGGUUUGACAGAGGGGCAUCAUGGCAUCCAUAUUCUAGAAUUUGGGGAUAUUUCACAAGGUUGUAAGAGUGCUGGCGCUCACUUUAAUCCACAUAACAAGACUCAUGGUGGACCAGAAGACAACAACAGCAGACAUGUUGGGGACCUUGGUAACAUUGAAGCCAAUGACCAAGGACAGGCAGAGGUCAACUUUACUGAUAGUGUAGUGUCAUUAACAGGGGAAUAUUCAGUGAUAGGUCGCACCUUGGAGGUUUGUGAAGGUGUAGAUGAUCUUGGAAUAGGAGGACAUGAAUUGAGUCUUACAACUGGAAACAGUGGUGCUUGUUUAGCUUGUGGUAUCAUUGGAAUUUCAAAAUAUUCAGAGCAAACAAAAGUUCCACCAGAUGAUCCUGUUUGAUUAAGUUAUAUCUCAUACUUAAAAUUUAUGAUGCACAUUAUUUUCAAAUGUUGAAAAAGUAACUAUCCUUAUUUGGCUCCAGGUUAUUAGUUCAGCCCUUGUUACCUGAUUUGAAUCUGAAAUUUAUCUUUAGUUAAUUUUUUUUUUCAAUUCUUAGGAUGCAAUUAAAGAAGAUAUUUAAGAAUAAUUAAGACAGUUGUUUUUUUUUUUUGGAGGAAGAUUCAUUCCUAAAUUUAGCUAAUGCAAUCAAACCCUUAAGGUUCUCUGUGUGCCUAACUUUCUUUAGAAUUUGUAUUUGCAGAAGUUGCUAAAGUGGUAAAAAACCUGUAGGUUCAAACAUGAAACAUUGCAUUCCCAUGCAUGGUGCAUCAGUCUCCCUUUCCUUUACUACAUAGAGUUUGUUUAGAUUAGAGUUUUCUGAUUAAUAUUUUUCUAGUAUCUAUUCUUACCCUUUGAAACUGAAUUCACCAAUGGUCUUCACUAGUUUUAGCCUUGCACCUGAUUGGCUUAGAGGGCAGUGUAAGUCACUGACUAAGAGGGGCAAAGCAAAUUAACCCUUUACCACCCUAACAUAAGAAGGCAUAUCCUCCAUAUUGUUCCCUCUAUGUUUCCUUAGUUGCUGACAAGGAGAAUUUGUUU